ACGCAAUUCGGACACAGAUCACUUCCCUUUAAAUCUCGUUUGUUGGUUCAGUUGCUCAUUACCCUCAUCUCCACUCAUUGCUCGGACAACCACCCCAAGAAAAAAACACACGCUUCCAUUCUUUGGUUUCUUUCAUAAUAUACACAAAAACCCACCUAAAAAGAAAAAGGGUUUCCAUUUUCUUGGUGAAUUCAAGAGUCUUUGCAUGAGAUCGAAGAAGAAUAGCAUGAUCAGAAACAGUGAUUCAGGGUCUGUUUGGAGGAGGAAGAAAAUAGUGAUGGAUCAGGACAAGAGCUGCCUUGGGACUGCACCGGAUCAAACAAACACCACCCAGAAGAAGAUUGACGGCAGAAAUGGAUCAGGGGGGAGAUCGUGUUCGUACCCUCUUUUGUCGUUCCAUCAACUGCCGGAUUACAUGAAGGAUAAUGAGUAUAUAUUGGAUUAUUACAGGGCUCAUUGGCCUAUCAAAGAAGCCCUCUUCAGUCUGUUUACGUGGCACAAUGAGACACUCAAUGUCUGGACGCAUUUGGUGGGAUUUUUAUUGUUCUUGGGACUGACAGUAGCAAACGUAGUCGAAGUAUCGCAGGUGGUAGAUUUCGUCACAAUGAUUACUGGACAAUUCCCAUCAAGUGCAGAAGCUUACAUCUCUAAGAACUUUUCCCUGGGGCCAACACAAUUACUAGACCUGAAGCAAGAACCCAACCUCAAAAUGGACAUAACCUCCCCUGAACUUCCCACCACACACUGGCCAUUUUAUGUCUUCCUAUGUGGUUCCAUGUUCUGCCUCCUCUCCAGCACCAUCUGCCAUCUCUUCUCCUGCCACUCGCGCAGCCUCAAUCUACACCUCCUCCAUAUGGACUACGUCGGCAUUACCAUCAUGAUAAUCACGUCCUUCUUCCCUCCGAUAUACUACGUCUUCCAGUGCACCCCACACUGGCAAAUCGUCUACCUCACCGGCAUCACGUUGAUGGGGAUAUGCACCAUCAUCACCUUACUCUCCCCUGCUCUCUCAUCCGGGAAGUACCGUUCGUUCCGUGCCUUGCUUUUUGUGUCCAUGGGGUUGUUCGGCCUGAUUCCAGCCAUCCAUGCCCUCGUGCUCAACUGGGAUGAUCCACAUCGAAACGUGACUUUAGCCUAUGAGGGGAUCAUGGCUCUCUCAUACUUGAUAGGUACCGUGUUUUACAUCAGCCGGAUACCCGAGCGUUGGAGGCCCGGGUGGUUCGAUCUCACCGGCCAUAGCCAUCAAAUCUUCCAUGUGUUCGUGGUCAUGGGUGCGUUGGCGCAUUAUGGUGCUGCACAAAUUUUUGUGACUUACCGUAGUAGGGUGGGAUGCGACACAAUAGUUUAAUUUAUACAUCAAUUGUACUUUAUGUGUUUUUACAUAUAUAUGCAUUGAAGGGCUAGUUUUUAAAUCUUACUGUAUGUUGCUAUAUAAGAUGCAAUAGGGGUAUUCUUUAUUUAUUUUUUUAAAAAUUGUAAGUGAUGUGUGACCAAAAUAUGUGAACAUUAUUUCAAAUUUAAUUGGUAUAUAUAGUUAAAUGUAUCAUGGGGAACAAA